UCUCUUCAGCAAACUCAAAGCCUCUUCCACAAACAUGUCUUGCCCGAAAGACUACAUCGGCGAAAGCCACAAGAAGAUUGAACGCUCUGGCUCGCUGAAAAAGCAGGGUUCGGUCGCCGGCGAGACUGAUGCGGCUCACAAGUUCAGCUGGGGCACGCUGAACGUGAUCGAGACGCAUACGCCUGGUGCUCCCAUGGGCGAGAAGGCUCGUCGGGAGCUGACCGCCAAGAUGAACGCCGCAGCCAACCUUCGCAUCAAGUCGAGGACCGGCAACCGCAGAACGGACGAGCGCAACGAUGGCAAAAUGGUUCAGCACUUCUUGAACAAAACACCCAUCCGGUCUCGUCAGGUUGUUGCACGCGCGGAACAGGCCUUCUCUGGCGCCAAAACCCUUCCCAACCCCAAGUACGCCACUGCGCUUGGCAAAAUGAAGGUUCAUAACGCAGCCACCGGUCGCUCGCACACCCUCAAGAACCAUCACCAGCACAAGCCGAGGGCUCAAACAAAAUUGACCCCCAGCCGCCGUCGUUAGACAGGAUCGUUUGGGAUCUGUGGGAAACGAACAUGCACACAGCUGUUGUAAACUGCGCCCAUCCCUGCAGGAGUAUAUCCUCAAUAAAC